AUGAUCAAUGUAAAUCUUAUUACAUGUACGAUUUGCCGUAAUUAUUUCGGUGAUCCUCGUCAGAUUCCGUGUUCUCAUUCAUUCUGUUAUGAUUGCAUUUCAGGUUGUUUUGAUAAUGAUGCAUUAAUACUAGUAUGUCCUAAAUGUCAACAACUUCAUCAAUAUAAUUCACGCGAAGAAUUUGAAAAUGGUUGUAUGUUUGAUGGAUUUCUUGCAUCCAUGGUAGCACAGUUUAAGAAAAAUCAAAGUCGACUAUCUGCUCUCUCGUCUGGAAUAAAAUUUCGAUCGACAUCAUCGAUGUCACAAAUUUCAACAACGUAUGGAUUUAUACCAAUAUCUACACCCGUACGUAUGUUUUCUCAAGAAAUGAAUUCCUAUUAUGAUCCAUCCCAUUCUGAACGUUCAACAUCAUCAAUAUUUAAUCAACAACAAUCAUCAUCAUCAGUUUUAUCACAAUCAACAAAUCGUUUACUUAUAGCUAAAUGUCAAUCAUGUAAUAUAAAAGGAGCAUUACUUGUAUGUACUCAUUGUGAUAAUGUUAUCUGUGUUAAAUGUGUUGAAGAACAUCGAAAUGUAAUUAAUGAUGAGAUUAAACAUGAAUGGAAUCUAUGUAAAACAAAAUUUCAGUCAUUACAACAAGAAUCAAAUCGUUUCGAAACAGAUCUGGAGGCAUGUAGGUGCAAAGCACGUGAUUUACAGAUAUCAAUUCAUCAACAAAGUGAUACCUUAAUUCAAACAAUUGCUAGUUAUAAAAAUGUUUAUACUGAUUUAAUUGAAAAACAUCGUCGAACUUACAAAGAAAUUUUUACACAUGAUCAAUUGGUUAAGGACUACGAAUCGAUUGAUAAACGUAUUAAUGAUUUAUUGAGAUCUAAGGAUAAAACUAGUGAAAAAAUCAGCAAUGUUUCAUUCGAAAUCGAACAUCUAGAAGGGCAAUUGGAUAAUUUAAGUAAAUUUCUUGCUUCGAAUGACAUAAAAUUUCCCGUCUUGACAUUACCUGAAAAAACUGAUAAUUCAUUACUAAUGGGUACAUUAAAAUUCAUUCCAUUGAACUCUCAUUUAUUACAAUGCUCAAAUCUUUAUGAUGAUCUACAAUCUGAAUCUGAUUCUGAGGAUGAUGAUGUCCCAAUUGAAACCAUUCUCAAUAAACCAACUACUAUCGACCCAUUAUCAUUGCCACUAUCUGCUCCGGCAGUAUCAAAUAAAAUACUUUUAUGGCAACUCGAUUAUAAAUCUGUACCGUAUUAUAUUCGUACUUAUAAUAAUCAAUUAUUUGUUUGUGAUAAAUAUGGAUAUAUAUCAAUAUAUGAAUUCAAUAGAAUGAAUAAUUUUCGGCAAAACCCAACAUAUAUACGUGACAUUACAUUAUUUAAUGAUAAUCCAAAAUCAACAGUAAAUGACGAUGAUCAAACCAUUAUUGAUUCAUUUGCCCUGUCGAAAUUAUGGAUUAUUGUUUUAAAACGUAAGAAAACUGAAUUAUAUGGUACUAUCUAUUUAUUUACACAUGACGGUAAAUUAGUACCGAAUGGAACAUGUUUGCAUAAUUAUCCAUCACGUGAAUUAACCAUGGAUAUCGAUACAAAUGUACUUUGGUCACUUGAUCAAAAGCAACUGAGUCUCUUCUAUUAUCAACUACCUGAUCAAGUAAAAUGUUCAGAUAAAUUUGAUGAUUAUUUUCAAAAUCGUUAUUUACAUGUACAAUUCCCAAAAUCACUUGUACCCAAACAUAUAUCUGUGAAUAAAAAUGUUGUAGCUGUCUUAGAUAAAAGACGACAAGCUAUACAUGUUUAUAAUAAAAAGACACGACAAGAAUUAUAUCAACAUGUUAAUAAUUAUAGUAAUACAACAUAUUUUUGUUGGGAUAUGGCAUUAUUUUCUGAUAAUAGUCUUCUUCUUAAACUUGAUGAAACCAAUUCAUUGAAAUCAGGUCCAUCAAAACAUAUUUAUCUACAACUUGAUACAACAAAUCAACGUCAUGUUAUUGGAUUGAUUACAGAAAUCGAUGCAUAUGGAAUGAUCAUUACAUCAACCGAUGAAAUUUUCAUUGGAGUUCGAAUAAAUAAAAAAGGCUUUAUUAAAUGCUACGUUUGA